CCAUAGGCGACGGAUUCCACGAAUCAUUCCAUUUGAGCCAUUGCCAUUUAUAGUAGAUAAGGUUUAUAAGUAACAUAAGGAUUUUUAUUCCUAUUGGUUAACAAGGGGAGGCAAACGUUGAGGUGCUUUCUGCUGCAUCUUAUGAUGCUUGCAUUUGUUGGGACACAAGAACAGUUUGUUCAAUCACAGACAUUCUUCUGUGCUAGAAUGCAGAUCAAGCCUCCAACAAGGCCCAAGCUUUAUUCAGGGCCUAUGCCCCAAGGGGAAUACAAUCCAUACUGUACUCUAAUACCAGGCUUGCCUGAAGACUUGGCUAAGAUAUGUCUUGCCCUCGUUCCUCGUAGUCACUUCCCUGUCAUGGGUGCCGUUUCCAAGAGGUGGAUGUCAUUUCUCGAGAGCAAGGAAUUGAUAGCUGUAAGGAAGGAGGUUGGGAAGCUUGAGGAGAUGGUGUAUGUCUUGACUGCAGAUGCUGGUGCGAAGGGGUCUUAUUGGGAGCUUUUGGGGUGCGAAGGGCAAAAGCACAGCCCUCUUCCACGAAUGCCUGGACCAACCAAAGCUGGCUUUGGUGUGGUUGUUCUUGAUGGAAAGCUCAUCAUUAUUGCUGGCUAUGCUGCUGACCAUGGGAAGGAAUGCGUUUCAGAUGACGUUUACCAAUAUGAUUGUUUCCUCAACAGGUGGACUGUUCUUGCUAAGAUGAAUGUGGCUCGUUGUGACUUCGCCUGUGCAGAGGUCAAUGGGGUGAUAUAUGCUGGUGGUGGAUUUGGUCCAAAUGGUGAUAGUUUAUCCAGCGUCGAAGUUUAUGACCCAGAGCAGAAUAAAUGGACAUUGAUUGAGAGCCUACGCAGGCCAAGAUGGGGUUGCUUUGGUUGCAGCUUUGAAGGAAAGCUCUAUGUCAUGGGUGGCCGUUCAAGCUUCACAAUUGGCAACUCCCGUUUCGUUGAUGUGUACAAUCCUAAUAACCAUGCCUGGGGUGUGGUCAAGAAUGGCUGCGUGAUGGUCACGGCUCAUGCUGUUCUUGGCGAGAAGCUCUUCUGCAUCGAGUGGAAGAACCAGAGGUCUCUAGCUAUUUUCAACCCGGCUGAUAAUUCUUGGCAGAAGAUCCCAGUGCCGCUUACAGGUAGCUCAACCACUCGUUUUUCUUUUGGAAUACAUGACGACAAGCUCCUGCUUUUCCCGCUUGAGGAAGAGCCUGGGUAUCAGACACUGAUGUACGAUCCUGCUGCACCGACGGGAUCUGAAUGGUGCACGUCUAAGCUGAAGCCGUCGGGAUCAUGCCUGUGCAGCGUGACCAUUAAAGCCUGAUGCCCUGGAGUGCGCCUGUGCGGCGACUUACCAUCCUCGUAAGAUGGAAUCCUCUGUUACUCUCGUGCACUCUUGUUUGCUUGAAAUUUACUCACCUGUUUCACUCUUAAAUAAUAGAACAUAUUUAUGCUGCGGUUCAUUGAACUGCAGAAGUGCCAUAGUGUAUUCUCGUUUCACUUGUAUUGAACUCUGGUCAUAGAGCCUUCAAUUGAUAUGGUGUUGUGCUGGGCAUCGGUAUCAUGGAAACGGAUCCUCUGACUUGGAGAUCAAAAGUCAUGGGUGAACAGUAAUUUUUGGUGAGGCGAUGGACAGUGCUGUGACUUAUUCUACUGUAGCUAUCCAGUGUAACAAUUUGCUGCGGCAAGAACACUGUUCAUUGUUGUACCAGAAGGAAAGUCACACUUACUGUCCCCGUGACUUUUGUUCCCAACGUCCGAGGAUCUUCCCGGUAUCAUAUACCAACAGGCAGCUGUGUUGAUAGCUGAUACGCAGUUGUAAUGGUUCUGGCUAGCAAAUCGGUCUACUUACAUGAUGAUAUACCAUUUCUUAUUGUCUUA